GUAUGAUUUAGAGAAAGACAACUUCAUCGAUCUGAUGGAGCUGAAGCUGAUGAUGGAGAAACUCGGAGCACCUCAGACUCACCUGGGCCUGAAGAACAUGAUCAAAGAAGUAGAUGAGGACUUUGAUGGCAAACUCAGCUUUAGAGAGUUUCUUCUUAUCUUCAGAAAAGCAGCAGCAGGAGAGCUGGCAGAGGACAGCGGGCUUCAUGUCUUGGCACGUUUGUCAGAGAUUGACGUGUCAACUGAGGGAGUGAAGGGAGCCAAAACAUUCUUUGAGGCAAAGGUGCAGGCCAUUAACGAAUCAAACCGGUUUGAGGCAGAAAUCCGUCAGGAGCAGGAAGAGAAGAAGCGUCAGGCGGAGGAGAGGAAACAAAGACAAGCCGCUUUCAAAGAGCUGAAGUCAACCUUCAAAUAGCCUCAUCCACCUCGACAGCCUCGAUUUACUCGUCACGUUUGUCCGUCUGUCUGCCAUCAGAGUCCCCCGCAAUCAGAGAUACUAUGCAAGACUGUGAAAUGCUCCGAGAUCCAUGCAGAUUCAUCUUGAGAGAGGGACACCUGUGUAGUUUGUGCUCAUGAGCGGAUGUUGGUGUUGAAAUCGUCUGUUUAUCGUCGCCUGCUUCUCUCGCUCUCUCUCAGGCUGAUUUUAAAUGUGAAGCCAGACACUGAUCUCAAUACACUG